ACGGAACAUAAUUCUAUUUUGACAACCAAAAAUGUCAACAUAACCUUACAAUCACAAAAAUGCAUAUAAUAAACACAAUAAAGAGACUUUGCAUAACAUCAAAAUGCCAAAUCAUUCGCCAUUCAUCAGAAUAUACGCCUAAAGCGUUACGGAGUCUUAAAGCGAAGUCGACACGAAACAAUGUUCAGUAUUACGUAGACGCCUGUAGAGUGCGAGCCGUUGGAGGUAAUGGAGGCGAUGGAUGCAUUUCCUUCCUCAGUGCGUGGUGUAAGGACCACGCCGGGCCGAACGGAGGCGACGGCGGGAACGGCGGACAUGUUAUUUUUCAGGCCACACACACAGUGAAAGGCUUGAACCACUGCAAGACAGUGGUGAUCGCAAAGCAUGGAGAGAGAGGGUUCGAUAAGGACUGCAACGGGAAGAACGCACAGCAUAUCAUCAUACCUGUGCCUUUAGGUACAAUAGUAAAGGACGACAAUGGAACGGUGGUCGGAGACCUCAGCACGGAAGGCAUGAUGUUCGUCGCGGCGAGGGGCGGCGCGGGGGGCAGGGGCAACAAGUUCUUCCUCACAGACACAGAGCAGGCGCCAGACAUAGCGGAGUUUGGAGCAGAGGGCGAGAGCAACACGUACACGCUGGAGGUCCGCUCGCUGGCCCACAUCGGCCUCCUCGGGUUCCCCAACGCCGGGAAGAGCACUCUCCUGCGGGCGCUGACGCGGGCCAGACCUACCGUCGCUCCGUACCCAUUCACCACCCUCAAGCCCCAUAUAGGCAUGGUGCCGUACGACGACUAUGAACAGGUAGCGAUAGCCGACCUGCCGGGUUUGAUUCCCGGCUCGCACAAGAACUAUGGACUCGGUAUCCAAUUCCUACAACACAUAGAACGGUGUAGAGGUCUGAUAUUCCUUCUAGACGGGACCUCAGACCCCCAAUUGCAAUAUGACACUUUGUGCCAUGAAAUAACUCAGUACAACUCUGCAUUAAAGGCUAGACCUAACUGUGUAGUGGUGAACAAAAUAGACACUGAAGAAGGGAAAAGAAGUUUCGAGAAGUUAAAGAAGAAGAUGCGCGUUUUGGGCAUCUCGGCGAAGACUGGGGUCAAUUUAAGAGAGCUUUUGACUGUUGUUAGGGAUAUGUAUGAUAAGUAUGAGGCGAAAGAGCAGGGGGCGGGGUGUAAUAAUAAUGUAUAGUAGUUAAUAAAUAAUAAUAAUAUCA